AAAAAACACAAGGAGGUGGAUUGUUUUGAUCAAAUAGUCAGAUUAGUUUGUAGACUGCUGUGUUCACUUCAGUAAUGAUGGUUCAUGCUGUUUUUCUACUUUUUCUGUGUGGAGUCCUUUCAGCAGGUGCAGCUGCAAUGAUCCAAACACAGCAGACUGUGCUGGCAGCAGUGGGAGAAGAUGCUGAAUUCAGCUGUCAGCUCUUGGAGACUAAAGAUGUCCUUCAGGUCACAUGGCAGAAAAUCUCAGCUGGUGGAGAGACAAAUGUUGCCACAUACAACAAGUACUUUGGCCAGAGAGUGAAUGACGGCUUUAACGAUAAAGUUGAGUUUAAAUACACUGGACUACAGAACUGCUCCAUAGUCAUCAGGAAUGUGACGAAGCAGGAUGAAGGAUGCUAUCGUUGUCUGUUUAACACUUAUCCUGAAGGAGCCUUUAUUGGUAGAACCUGCCUCCAAGUUUCUGAGCUGCAUGAACCUGUUGUUGAUGUCAGAGAGUCAAACUCUACUAAAGAGUGGGUUGUUUCCUGUUCAGCCACUGGUCGACCUGCUCCCACUAUAACACUCAGUGUCUCACAACAAGACCUCAGCUUCACACAGUACAACACUGUCAAUGUGUCCAACACCAACGCUACAUUCACUGUCACCACUACAGCUGUGCUCUCAGGUUCACUUAAACAGAGCACACAGGUGGGAUGUGCAGCACGAGUGCUCUCUGCUCCUCAGAGAGAGGUUAUGGUGAUGAUUCCUGAGGUCAAACAUACACAUGAUGAUGAUGAUGAUGAGUAUGAUUACACCUGGAUCAUUGUAUCAGCUACAGUAGCAGGACUGAUGGUCUCUGUCUUAGUUGUGGCUGUGGUCAUCGCUGUCCUGCUUAAACAAAAAAAUGAGAAGAGUUUUUAAAUCUUUCUGUCACUCAGGGACCCGGAGAUGGAGAGGACGGCACAAUAAUCAGCAAAUGACAUGCGUAAUGCAGUUUGAUAAUUAUGCGUAUUCUGUGUAUUUAUUCAUCCAUUCUGUGCAAGAUCUAAAUAUAAAUUUUCCUACCUCAGAAAAUUUUCUACAUGUUUAGGAACACAAAGCCACAAACAUCUACACACAGACUAUGAUUAGCAGAUGGUUGCUUGCUAGUUGCUCCCAAACCUGCGUACCUCUUUCAGUGUUAAUGGUUCCUUAUAUUAUUUUAUUUAUGCAUACAAUACUACUUUUUGGAUCAAAGCUUUGAUCAGUUUGUGGUAGAGUAAGAUCCAAAAAGAUAAAUUCCAGUGCUGUUAUUUUUGUCCUAUUGUUUUAACCAUGUUCAGCAGCAUCUCACCACUAGUUCACUACUAAGAAUUUUGGUGUCUUUCCUUUUCAGUUAUUUAAAUAAUUACUUGGCUUGACCCAAAAAACAAAAACAAACUAACAAAAAACGACAAAGUUAAUGAUGACAUAUCAAUUUCAUUGUUUCACUUGCUCUCCAGCAGCUUGUGAGCUGUUUCUUCUUACUAUUUAAGUCGAGAGAGAUUUGAAGUGCAUUAGAAGAGCCUUCCUCAAAUCAUCAGGUCUUCUGAAUAUAUUUUGUUUGAACUCAUUGUUUAAUUGAGCCUUUUCAUGAACAUGGUUUACAGAUUUUAUCAUUGUGCAUGUGUUUCACGCACACACACAGAAGUAUUUUAUAGUUUAUGUGCAAUAAUGCUGUUGACGUUAAUCCGUAAUUUUGUUUUUAAAACGCUAAUAUUGUUUUUGCAUUUUGUAAAAUAUGAAUCAUGUGUUUAUUUGUUUGUAUCCGGAUCAUCAGUUCUUUCCUGUUCACACAGUUUGUGUGGUGACUUUAAAAAAUGAGAAAAUCACACUAAUUGUCACAGUGAACUGACAUGUCAUUACAUAUCGAGUAAAUAAAACAGCAAUAAUCAAAAGCUUAAAGAAGACGAACACAUUUUAUGUUGUUUUUAAUGCAUGUUAAAAUGUUCUUCUUGGGUCUUGGCAAAAUGAAUCAUGCUUAAGAAUAUUUGCUGAAAAUGACUGAAUUCAGAAGAAUUGCAUGAAUAAACUUGGGAAAUGAAACUGCAAGGUGGGUUUAUUAUAAAGUGCUGUAGGUUGUGGUUACAUUAUAGGUAGAUUUGGUCUGCUGUAGGGGAAUCAUUCAUCAUUGUGUGCACAUUUUCUAACAGCAAACCGCUGUUAGAAACGCUGAAAAAUAAGUAAAAGAA